UGUUUAUCACAUACCCGUGCCGAUUUUGCGACUCCGUAAAAACGGUAUUGCACGGCCGUGCAUAUAAUAUGCUAAUGAACCGUUUCACAUGAAAUGUAUUCCUACGCCGCUUGUCAACAAAAACAAUAUGGCUGACCUAAAUUUUCAAGUGGGUCAAUCGGUACACAUUGACGGAAAAGGGGAAGCAACCGUCCUCCAAAGGGUUCACCGUGGGUUUGGAACAUUUUAUAUGGUCAAAAUGAAAGACUUUGACUUUGAAGUAGAACUAGAAGCUGAACGUUUAUCGCUAAUACCAUCGUCAAAUUUUGAAAGUGAGCGUUUGCAGACGACGGAAAAUCAUGCAAGAUUUUUGUCCAGUACUAAUGUCAACAUUGAAGAAUUUAUUCUUGGACAAAGUAAUCAAAAUACCUUGUCAAAAACACUGUAUGAUAUUAAAAUUUUAAAAGAAUUUCUUCAACAACCUGAAAUAAAUGAAAGUCGAGAAAUUCAAAAUAUCCCACCCGCUGAACUUUCUACCAUUCUUUCAAGGUUUUUCAUUACUGUGAGGAAAAGUAACGGGUCCGAGUAUGAACCGACUUCCUUAAGGGGUAUGAUGUCAAGCUUUGACCGUCAGCUACGCCGAUUUAAUUACGGUGAAUACAUAGCUACUAGCCCAAAAUUUUCACAAGUUCGUGAAGUAUUAAAAAGCAAGCAGAAACUCCUAAAAAGGGAAGGCAAGGGUAAUUUUCCAAAUAAAGCAGACCCUAUUAAUGACCAAGAAAUAGAAAUAUUAUGGCAGAAAAAACAACUGGGCAGUGAAACCCCAGAUUCAAUACUUCAGAUUUUAUGGUUCUAUAAUACUGUUCAUUUUGGUUUACGUGGGAGGUCCGAACAUCGUGAUAUGUGUUGGGGAGACGUAACAUUAAAAUCCAACACAAACGGUCAUGAAUAUUUAGAAUUUUGCGAACGUCAAACUAAAACACGCACUGGAAAUGAUCCUCGAAAUAUCCGAGAAGUUACACCAAAGUUAUGGGCGAAAGUUUCUAACCCUGAUCGAUGCCCCAUCAAAAUAUACAAAAUAUAUGCAAAUAAACGCCCAGCUGGUUAUUCGCUUCCACACAAUCCAUUCUACAUUGCAACAACAACAAAACCCUUACCUUCUGAAGAAGAAACCUGGUUCAAGAAAAAUGCUGUUGGAAUCAACAAACUCGGCAACAUGAUGUCAACUAUGGUCAAAAAUGCUAACAUUCCAACGAGUAAAAAAUUGUCAAAUCAUAGUGCAAGAAAAUAUCUGAUCCAAAAAUUGUCUGACAGUAAUGUUCCACCAACACAUAUUGCACAAAUUUCCGGCCACAGAAACGUCUCUUCAAUCAACAAAUAUAGUCAUAUUAACAACGACCAGCAUAGGAAUAUAUCUCAAAUCCUUCAUCAAAACACAUGUGAAAACUCCAAUACACAAAAUUCUGAGAACUCUGCAAGGUCACGUCAACCUCAUCAAUCGUUCAAUUCGGCAAACUCAUUCCGUCAUGAAUCAACACAAACGAUUAAUGUCUCAGGAGGUAUUCACUCGGUAUGAAGUGCUCCUGUCUACGGAGGAACAAUUUACAUCAAUGUCAAUUUAGAGUAGUAGAUCACCAGACCAACCAAAACACAAACGACUUCGUGUGCUUGACAGCGAUAUAGAAACUGAAUAAGGUGAACACAUUUUUUGAACUGUCCGCAUAAUAUACAUGCCGAUGAUAACUUGUGUACACGUCACAAAGUACACAUUGGAUAGACAUUUACCAAAGCAUGGUUUCUACAUUACCUUUUCAUUACAUUAAAAUUUU